AUACAUUCGUGAAUCGCGGAGAGGAAAACGGAGUCGGAGAGACUCCGGGAGAGCUGCUUAGAGCGUAUCCGCUGAGAUCGCGCAUUUUAAUUCCGCAACUCUGUUGAAAUCGGCGGUUCGCAUCGAGCGUUUGCCGUAUCUCGCGACCUCGGGAACGCAGCAGAACGAACGGCGAAAAGUGACGCAGCACCGUAUGCAUCGCGCGUGUCGGUAAUCUUUCCCUUUCUCCUACUGUCUCUGUCUCUCUCUCUCUUGCUAUCUCUCUGUCUCUGUCUCUCCUGGUCCUAGCGGUGUGUCAAAGUUCCGAGUACUCGUAUCGUCGACGUAUGUCCCGUCGUUGGCGUUCGUCGAUGUAGGUUACAAGAGGGAACCAGACGAUCAGGUUAAACGGAACGGUGAAGUGCAACGCGAACGGGCGAUACGCAUCUCGCAGCGCGAUAUCGAGUGCGAGCGAGAACGGGAACGAGAGCGAGAGCGAGAGGAUCAAAGUGCGAAUAGUUCCGGAUCGGAUCGGAUCGGUUCGGAGGAGAGGACCGAGAGAAGAGCGUGAUUCUCCGUAUCGUGUUCCGUUUCGUGCGUGAUUCUGUGCGUGUCUCUCCUUCUCGCCGGGAGCUGUCACAUAAAUGUACGCGUUCUACGUAGAUUGCGCGCUCUAUGCUCGGUCAACGGGCCGAUCUAUCGGUGGCAAGUGCUGAUCGUGCCUGACGCUCGCGGCAGUGAGAAUCGACGUUAAUUAUCGUCGUGCGGUGGUACGCGUUGCGCCUGUCAUCAUCGACGUCGUCCGAAGAAGCAGCUAGCCAGCGCGGCGCACCUAUCUAACGGCGAACCUCUCAACGCAGGCAGGUGAUCAUGGCGAAUCGGGGUACAGCUCAAAGGCCAAAUGGAUCAACGCAAGGGAAAAUUUGUCAGUUUAAACUAGUUUUACUCGGUGAAUCGGCGGUUGGGAAAUCAAGCCUCGUUUUGAGGUUUGUCAAAGGACAGUUCCACGAGUACCAGGAGAGUACGAUCGGCGCUGCAUUUUUAACACAAACGGUUUGUUUGGACGACACAACUGUAAAAUUUGAAAUCUGGGAUACUGCGGGGCAGGAGCGUUAUCACAGCCUUGCACCAAUGUAUUACCGCGGUGCACAGGCAGCGAUCGUUGUGUACGACAUAACAAAUCAGGAUACGUUCUCACGUGCCCAGACAUGGGUAAAGGAAUUGCAGCGCCAAGCCAGUCCAAGCAUAGUAAUAGCGUUAGCUGGAAAUAAGGCAGAUUUGGCAAAUAAGAGAGUUGUCGAGUACGAUGAAGCUCAAACAUAUGCGGAUGAAAAUGGCCUUCUUUUCAUGGAGACAUCUGCUAAGACGGCAAUGAAUGUCAACGACAUAUUCCUUGCAAUUGCUAAAAAGCUUCCCAAGAAUGAACAGUCAGGAAGUGCAAGUACGAGUGGUCAGGGCCGUCGAUUAGUCGAGUCGGAUGGGCAAAAAGCAGCAACCGGCAAUUGCUGCAAGUGAUUAUCUAAAUCCGUAUGUGUCUCACAAUAUAUUCGUAUAUCUAUUUUUACAUUAUUUGGAUAUAUACUGUCCUUAAAAUUAAUUGAAUUAAGGAGGGACAUUAUUCUACUGAUGAGGAGCCAGAAAAUAUUUGAUAUGCCUAAUGAAUAUGUUCACGAAUCAAAUGUUCGGUGUAACGACAUGUUCACAUAUUUUUAUAGUACUAAAAUAUAUAAUGAAAACGGAAGUGUGCGAACAAAAGAGAAAGAAAGGAAACGAGAUAAAAAGUAUAUCAAUUUGAUAUUGUGUAGAAUAGACGUUUGCACUUUCAAAUGCUUUUAGCAGAAUUUUUGUAUUAGUAUCGUAAUUCCGAGUGUCUGAGAGCAAUCGUGCAGUUUCACACACAGAACAUGUUAUAUUUCUUGUUAUGUUUAAUAUUUUUUAUAGCGUGUGCAUUCUCGAUUUUUGCCUUCUUUAUAUUUAUUCGAAACGCUAAAUAGAUGUUGGCAGGCUGCAAAUAGAUAAGGAGAUAAAGUGCGAAUUGAAAGUAAGAGCCAAUAAUUAAUCAUUUAUGGACACUAUUGACAUAAUCGGUUCUGCACGAGCAAAAAAUGAAAAACGAGAGACGCAUUAUUAGUAUGCAAUAGCAUCGAGAAAUAUCGUGCGCAUUAGUGUGUGUAUAUAUAUACAUAUACACACACAAGACUAACAAAUUUAUAAGCUAUAGGAUAUAAAUGUAAUCGUAAUAUUGCUGUAUAAUAUUUAGCUGGCAUUAACAAUUUCUUAUAAGAGAUUCAUUUCAAGAGAUGGUUUCUUCAAAAUAUACGUGAAAAAAAGUUCUAAAGUUGGUUAUAUUUUCGUAUUAAUGAUAUUACUAUUUCUUAGUGAUGUUUUUCUGUUCAAUAAUAUUUGGUCAGCACACGAACACUUAACAUAAUGGUAAAGCUAACAUAAUGAUAAAGAGAUAAUUAUUUAACCAAAAAAUUUUUCACGAUAUUGUAUUAUUUUGUGGAAUCGCUAUGUUGAAUAACGUUGUGUGGUACGAUAUCGCUAUUAAUCGCCCCUUUACUCCUUAACAAGCUUUUAGCAUAUUCUUUUAAUAUAUUUCUAUUAGAUUUAAAUAACACACUUAUACAUUAUUGUGACAGCUUUACUAAAGUUAUUAUUUGCGCAUAAAACUGUAAUUUAUACGAUGUCAAUGUCUAAAGACGUAAUACUAUUUUUCUACUAGUUUCCCCUGUUUUUAUUGUACAUUUCUUUGCGGUUGAUAGUUGCAUUAUAUUCAAAAUUUCGAGAGGAAAGGAAUUAUUUACUAAGAUACUAGAUAUGCCUUAAUUAAUAGGCGCAUUUGUAGUACGCGUUUAUGUAACACUAUAUAUCCACGCAGAUAUUAUAUAUUUAUAAAAGUUUCCUUUCUCAUCGGUGGACUCUAAUUUCUGACUGACCAAGGUGCUAUGAGAAUACAUGUGCAUGAUAUGUCCAUUAUGCAAGCUUGUGGAAAUGUUUCUUGUGAUUUAUAAUAAUGUUCUCAUCAUCUGUGCAAUGAUUUAUAUCAUUGGAUUGUAUUUGAAGUAUGUUACCUUGUAAUAAUGAUAGGUAAAACUGUUUAAAAUUGUUAAACAAAAAAGAUUCUCAGGGUGUAAUCUUUCUCUUCAAUCUCUGAUGUCAUUGUAUCUUAAUUAUAUACUUAUUAAUCUUAUUGAUACCUAUAUCAUCUCUCGCUACGAGAUAUACGAUUUAUCUAGACAUGUUCUGUUAAAAUCACACACAGGUAGGUUCUAUUCCUGUAUAGAAAAAGUUUUUAACAUUUGCCAGGCAAAUAAAAUGUUUUACAGUAGCUAUGUCUUGUGCAUUGUAGAUACUCAACAACUGUAAUACAGUACAUUAUGGAAUUA